CCCACCUCGGGCAGGGGCGGGCGCAGGGAUGAGGCGCGUUCCUGGUCCCGGCUGGUCGUCGUGAGGAGCGCGGGCAGGCAGACACCAUGGCGGGGAUUAUCAAGAAGCAGAUCCUGAAGCAUCUCUCCAGCGAUCCCAGCUGGCUCUGGUGGAGAUUGAUUGCUGUGAAUAUCCUUACUACCAAAAUGAGUACCAGAAGCUUCUCAGAAGCCGUGGCAACUGACCACUUGCUUUCACCAGGAGUAGGGGCCUUAUGUCUGAAUACCUUGCCGUCAGGUUCACCAAAAAUCUCUCACCUGACAAGAUCAACCUGAGCACAUUAAAGGGGGAAGGUCAGCUGACCAAUUUAGAGCUGGAUCAAGAGGUACUCCAGAACAUGCUGGAUCUUCCAACAUGGCUGGCUAUAAACAAGGUGUUUUGUAAUAAAGCAUCCAUUAGGUGUUUUCUCUUGCAGAUACCAUGGACAAAAUUGAAAACGCAUCCCAUCUCUUUGUCCCUGGAUAAAGUUGUAAUGGAAAUGAGCACAUGUGAAGAGCCACGUGCCCCUAAUGGACCCUCUCCUAUAGCAACUGCAUCUGGGCAGAGUGAAUAUGGCUUUGCUGAAAAAGUGGUAGAAGGCAUUUCAGUUUCUGUGAACUCCAUUAUAAUAAGGAUCGGUGCAAAAGCCUUUAAUGCUUCAUUUGAACUUUCCCAGCUGAGAAUAUAUAGUGUAAAUGCAAACUGGGAACAUGCUGACCUUAGAUUUACCAGAAUACAAGAAGCUCAACGUGGAGAGGUUUUGACUUUUAAGGAAAUCAACUGGCAGAUGAUCAGAAUAGAAGCUGAUGCAAUCCAGAGUUCUAAGCAUGAAAUUAUGAGUGCUCCAGUUCGACUCAUUACUAACCAAUCAAAAAUUAGGGUCACACUUAAAAGAAGGUUAAAAGACUGUAAUGUUGUGGCAUCCAAACUGGUUCUGAUUCUGGAUGAUUUGCUGUGGGUUUUGACUGAUUCCCAAUUGAAAGCCAUGGUGCAGUAUGCCAAAUCUCUUAGUGAAGCCAUAGAGAAAUCAGCAGAACAGAGGAAAAACUUAGCCUCUGAAACAGCCCAGAGCUCUGUCCCUGCACCCAGCUCCCAGCAAGUGAAAGCGCACCAGACAACAGCAACGCCUGACCAAAAUGAUGCGAUAGUGAAAUUGUUUAAUGAGUUUGAUGUUAAGGAAACUUCCUAUCACUUAGUAAUUUCCCACUUGGACCUACAUAUAUGUGAUGAUAUCCAUUCUAAAGAAAAAGACCCAAACAGACGUGUUACAGGAGGGGCCAUGCAGCUUUCCUUCAGCUAUUUAACAGUGGACUAUUAUCCAUUUCACAAAGCAGGAGACAGCUGUGAUCACUGGAUGCAUUAUAGUGAUGCCACUAAAACCAGAAGUGGAUGGGCCAAAGAAUUAUUAAAUGAAUUCAAAAGCAAUGUUGAAUUGCUUAAGCAGGCUGUGAAGGAUCAGCUCGUAGAUUCUCCUCCCAAAUCACCACCUGCUGUAUCUCCUCAGAACCUACAAACAGGCAAGGAUCAGAUACUGAAAGGAACAUCUAGGGCUUCCUCUAUAUCUUCCCAACAACCAAAGGGCAAACUGAUGUCUAGUCCUAUUGUGGUUAGACUUGCAGAUUUCAAUAUAUAUCAGGUUUCAACAGCAGACCAGUGUCGUUCUUCCCCUAAAGCUCUGAUCUCUUGCAAUAAAAAGUCACUUUAUCUUCCACCAGAAAUGCCAGCUAUUCAUUUUGAAUUCACUGAAUAUUACUACCCAGAUGGAAAGGACUUUCCUAUUCCAUGUCCAAAUUUGUAUGGCCAGCUGAAUGCUUUACAGUUCACCCUGGAUCAGAGAAGUAUUCUUUGGCUAAACCAGUUUGUGUUGGAUUUGAAACAGAGUCUUAUUCAGUUCAUGGCCAUGUACAAGUUAAAUGACAAUUCAAAAUCAGAUGAACAUGUUGAUGUGAGAGUGGAUGGACUAAUGUUAAAGAUCAUCAUCCCAUUUGAAAACAAACCUGAAAUUCAUAAAGAUCAACCUCGUGCACUUUCCAUUCAAAGUUCAGAGAUGAUUGCUACAAAUACUAGAUGCUCACCGAACUGCAGACACUCUGAUCUAGAAGCUUUGUUUCAGAACUUCAAGGACUCCGAAUUUUUCAGCAGAACUUUCACCACUUUUCCUAAGUCCCCCAGAAAUUUUAAUCUUUUACAUACAAUCUUCCAGAGACACGCUCAUGAACAAGAUACCAAAAUGCAUGAUGUUUAUAAAGGUUAUAUCAUCCCAGAAUUGAAUAAAUAUGCAUUAAAAACAUCUGCAGCAACUGAUGUUUGGGCCAUGCAUUUUUCCCAGUUUUGGAUAGAUUACGAGGGAAUGAAAAGUGGGAAAGGCCGACCAAUAAGCUUUGUGGACUCUUUCCCGCUUUCACUUUGGAUUUGCCAGCCAAUAAGAUUUGCGAAGUCACAGAAAGAGCUGGUAUCCCAUAAUCAGACAGCCUUGAACAUUCCAAAAAGUGAAUCUAGUGAUCUCUCUAAUAGAUUGCAACGUAAGAAACUUUUAAAGGAGUAUUACAGCAGUGAGACUGAGCCCUCGAGCAAUGGCAUUCAAAUGUCUGAGACUUCAGGAGUGCUUUCUGAAAGCUAUUCCUCUGAUGCAGAUGUACAUGUUCUUGUCCAUGUUCAAAAGCAUGUAAGAGUGCAGAUCAAUCACUACCAGUAUCUUUUUCUGCUGUUUCUCCAUGAAUCUCUUGUAUUGCUCCUGGAAAAUUUAAGGAAUGAUGUAGAGGCAGUGACUGGAAAACCUGCAAAGCAAACAGAUGUCUGCAUUGGGCUCCUACUGAAAAGUGCAGAAGUAGCCUUACUGCUCCAUCCAGUGACUCAGGGAAACCCUUGUAAAUCUCCUGUUGAGGAGGAAGGAAGUCCUGUGGCAUCAGAGCUCUCUCCUAUGGGAAAUGGGGAAACGCUUACUUCAGAGAGUAAAUUAGUUGGUAGUAAGAUAGUGGAAGCUGAUAUUACUAAUUUUAGUUAUGUAAAUGACUGCAAGCCUCUGAAUGCUGAAGUUAAUAAAGGGAUUUUAAUAGAUCCUCUUUUGUUUAAAUCAGACAGUAAUACGGAUUUUCAGAAAGCAAUGUCAUUUUCUGAUGAUGCAUCCGAUAAAGGUUUGGGAGAUACAAGUGAAGGAGGAAGCAGUGGACUUUUUAGUAGAAGUGACUCAGAAGAGGUCUGUGGACCUCUAAGUGAGAAAAGUAGUUUGAAUCCUAGGGAUUCAGUAUCCAUUCUAAAUAAGAGAGAAGAUUCUACUGAAUUUUUCAUUGAUAAAGAAGAUGACAGAAACAUAGUCUCAAAUAAGUUAAAUGAACAGGAAGGCACAGCUGAAGGCUGUCCUAACCAAGUUGCUGACUUGGAAACAGAAACUGCCUUAGAAUCUGAAGAGCUUGAAAUCAACAAAGACAAAGUGACUUCAGUUAAAAUGUUUGCAUCCCAGUCUUCUUCAAGUGCUAAGCCUAAGGAACGCUGCUCAUCCAACCUCCCUGCAUUCUCUGUUUCUUACAAAAAUAUGAAGAGAAGUCCUUCACAAGUCUCUCUGGAUACCAUCUCUAUUGAUAGUAUGAUGCUAGAAGAUCAUUUAAUAGAGAGUGAUGGAAGUGAUAGUCAAAGCUUUCUGGAGAAAGGUAUUACAGCCACAAACUAUCAAAGCCCAUCAGAAAAUGUCCACGAACGAGACACAGUGAUUGAAAAUUGUGAUGGGUCAUCUCCAGAUGCCAUGAGUGCUGCUUCAGAAAAUGCCCAUGAGACUAGUGAAGAAAUGAUGUCUGUUGUGGUUUUUCAAGUAUUGGGUAUUAAUGGUGAAGUUGACAUCAGAGGAGAAGACACAGAAAUAUGCUUACAGGUCAACCAAGUGAUACCAAACCAACUAGGAAAUAUGGGUUUUCGACAAUAUCUGUGCAACAGAACUGUUGGUUCUGACUGUAAAUCUGUGGCUGGACCUGUUAAUUCAUCACCUGAGAUUAGUCUGAGAUGGGAAAGCGGGCCUAGUGCUGUUGUACAUUCCCUGCUAGCUGUAAAAAAUGGGUUUCUUCAGUGUCAUGUGGAGAACUUCAGUGCUGAAUUUCUAACAUCUUCUCUCACAAACAUUCAGCAUUUUCUAGAAGAUGAAACUGUUGCAGAAGUGAUGCCUAUGAAGAUAAAAAUUUCUAAUGCAAGGAUUAAUUUAAAAGAUGACAGUCCACGUGAAAAUCUUAAGGCAUCUGAGCUGGUACCCAUAAAACUGCAUAUUGACAUACUCUGGAUAGAAAGAAAUGACGAUGGCACUUUUCACAUUAGAGACAAUCAAAAAAUAAAUGAUGUGUCCAAGAUGAAGAAUUCAAGCAGUACAUUGCAGCAAGCAGUGGGAUCUCUUGAAUGUAAAACACAGGACCAAGCCACGCAAACUACUUGGGAAACACCCAGACCUUCUAAAUCAAGCAGGGAUUCAUCUGACUUCCUGAAAAAUGAGCUUAUUGAAGAAAAUGAAUGUCUCAAACAGGAACUAGCCAAAGCCAAAAUGGCUCUUGCUGAGGUCCAAAUGGAAAAAGAUGCCCUGCUUCAUCACAUUAAGAAGAUGAACAUUGAUCAUCAGUAGAAUUGUGUUCUGUUGGUGCAAAGUAUUAUCAUCAUAACUGCAGGUGGUGGUGGCACAUAAAAUACUGUUCGCAAAUCACGUGAAAAUGUGGUUUUUUGCUUACAGACAAAGUUUUCUCAUUACAAAAAAAAAAUGUUUGUAAACCAAAUUCUGAAAUUGUCAUUAAACAUUGUAACUUUUCUCAACCUGUUUUAAACUGAAAUUACUUUGGAACAAUCAGCUUAUACUGUACUUUAUUAAUUUACUGAGGAAAAAUCAUACCAUCUACUUUUAAUAUUAUCAAAGGAAAUGUUAUUUUUAAAAUGUUUUCUGAAAAGUGGAUGGUUCAGCAAUGAAAGAAGGUGUCUGGAUACAUAAGAGAGUCCAUGUAUCACGCCUCACUAACAAAGUGUACCUCUCUUUCUAAGGUUACGUUGUUUGAUUGUUGCCAGAAGGUAUCUAAACAAGAGGUUACAUUUGCAUUAUGAUGAUACAGGCUAGAUCCUAUAGAAUAGAAAAUUAAAGUACCCGCCCUAAACUGGCCCUACAUUCAGUGUAAUUUACCCCAAGAGGAUUUUAAGUAUAAUCCUCUGGUGCUAUAGAGUUCCUUAUAUCCUUUCCAUAUGCACUCCUAAAAUAAAACAUUAAAUGCUGGAGAAUUUAACUAAGAGGGCAUACUACUGGGCUUUUCUUCUGUGUGAAGGUCCAUGGUAUCUGUACAGCUGAUGUAAUUUAGAUAUUCACACUUUAUUUUUCCUUUCUCUGUGAAGAGAAUAUAACCCUGAUAUAGUAUCUGGCUCUUUGUGACAGGUGAUCUUUGAGCCAUUUUGCAUGCAUGUCUGAUUCCUGCACAUCUCAUCAGACAUGCCCAAGGAUUUGGUUCAGUGUGUUUAAAUAAGUAAUGUCAGUACUUUUGAGGGGGAAAAAAUUCCUACUGGGAUUCAUUAGUUGUAUAUUGUUUUUUUGUUGUUGUAUUGGUUUUUUUGUUGGUUUGGUUUUGGUUUUUUUUUAAUAAAAAAGCUGUAGAGAAUCACUUAAUUACCCAAUGAAAUUUUGAGAUUACAUGAAAUCUAAUUAUACAGUUUAAAUUAUUGGUGAUUUGUACAAAUUGAACAAUAGUUUUCAGCUAAAAACCAGUACAGAUGAAAAAGUAAAAAAGCACAACACUGUAAAAUAGAGACUAUAAGUGUGCUUCUAAACAAUUUAGGAAACAAUGUACAAAACCAUAUGCCUGUAAGAGAUUGUCUUUGCUGGAAGUAAAACUGACUGAAUAAUUUAACUAGUGACCUUGAAUCUGACAAAUGAAAAUCUUUUAAUUGCUACCACAAUUGUUUCUGCUCCAUGGGAUGUUGGAGGGAAGUUCUGUUUGUAGAUAAGCAAACAGAUCUCAAAAAGUAUUUAGUAUCCUGUGGUUUGACUUUGCACAUUCAGGUUGUCAAACCAGUUUUAAUUAAAAUGGUUUUCAUUAAAACUUUUUGGAGGACACAUAAUUUGCACUGCUGAAAAUAAUUAUUGAAAAUGUGUAGAUUUUAAUCAAGAACUCUGUGGAAGAACUGGUUCAGGCACUAUUUUAAAGCUUGCCAUAUGAAACCCUAGUUGAAACACUUCUUAGUGCCCAUGGAAAUUUUUAUUUUAUUAUUCGGAAUUAGAUUAAAAAUGUAUAUACACAGUGUUUCUAUUAGAGAAACUAAACAUUUGUAUUUGAAUAGGUAUAUCAAACAACACAGUAUUAGAUAUGAGUGGUGCAAUUUCACAUAAAUAUAAUGUCAGAUUCAGGGAGGAGUUCACCUUUGAUUUAACUCUGGUUGGUACUAUUAAAGUAAUUCUUAUUUGGCUUAUCCUUGCGGAGAUCUAGUUGGAAUUAUUCUGAAGAAGGAAUGUAUAGAAUGCUUAGUAGCAUGUUGCUAGAAUAUGACAUUGAGAAAUAUCUAAUUUUUAAAAAAAAUAAAUAGCAAUAUCAAA